CAACCACCAAAUAUACAAGUCAUCCAUCAACGUCGCCCGCAUUCCCACCACCAAAUCGACCGCGAAUAACACAUCGAUCGUAUUCUAGCGACGUGUAUCGACUUCUCUCCACAAGAACCAACAAUCACAUUCGCCAAUAUGUCUCAAGCAAUGCGCAUCGUCCCUGGCAACUCCAACGUCCAGUCCUACACUCACAUCUCCCACACAUCCUCCGCCCCCUCCGCCCCAGGCAUCCACGAUACUCUCCGCCAUGGUGUCGGCGCAUCUCCCUUCGACUCCAAGACCACACCUGCUUCUGCCCACCCUCUUGAAGCUCGACUGAAGAACUGGGAGGCCACCCAGGAGUCUCUCAAGAUGGAGACCCUUCGACGAACAUACGGCAUGGCCGAGCCCAUCCGUCGUGGUAUGGAGCUCAAGAUCGUCCAGAACGGCGAGUGGCGGCCCAUGGCUCUCGGCGGCGGUCUGCCCAGCGUCCAUGAGGAAAUUCUUAGGGGCCGCGAUACUACUAUUACCUGGGAGGAUGUUUUCAAGGGCGAUGAGACAAGGGCCGUGGCUGGAUUCCAUGACGAGAUGGAGAAGAAGCUCAAGAUCCAGUAAACAGCAGUUUAUUUACAAUGGAGAGAAGGAAGAGGCUUCAGCUGUCGCUCUGUACACCCAUGGUUUCCUACAUUUAGACAAGACCAAGAACGUGAAAGACCGCCAACAGGCACCCUCAUGAAAAGAAUCAUUAAUUGUGAUCCAUUCUGUUUAUACCGCUACAGGAAUAAGCUCUAUAUUGCCAGAAAUGCGUUAAUUGAGGACGCUGCCGGCAACAUGCCGAUUGAAAAGAAGUUGAUAAAUCAAAUAUAACAAAACCAUGAUUCAAGCACACAAUAAUACGCCAAUGUAAACUCCAUUAACCCCGUCUCCGCCCGUCAGAACCAUGUUUCGCUUCUGCUGAGCGGUUGCAAAAAGAAUAGACCAAGAAAUUGAUUAAAGAGUGCACGGGCAACGUCCCGCUGCUCACCAUCUCGACUUGAAGGCUUUCUGGUUGCUGGGGGUGAUUUUCUCUUCAACCUACAGCAACCAGGAGAGGAUGAACAAAGCAAUAGCGAGUUUCUUCCGGUGAGAACAAUAAUCGAACUUGAUCAGCUCGACAAUGGCCAGACCCCAUAAGGGCUGUCGCUCGUUACAAGACGACGCAGCAGCCUCCACCUCGGGAACGUUGGCCGUCGCCACUACCCGAUGAAAGAUUCUUGC